AUGGAUUAUAGUAAUUUAGAAAAACUUGAAAUUCUUGAUCCAGAAGGUUUAAUUCAAGAUCCAACAUGUUUAACUUUAGUUCUUCAUGAGGAAGAUCAUACAAUAGGAAAUUCAUUGAAACACAUUUUAGUUAUGAUGCCAGAAGUUGAGUUUUGUGGUUAUAACAUUCCACAUCCAUUGGAAGAUAAAAUUAUUGUAAGAAUUCAAACAAAACCUGGACAUUUAGCUGUUGAUGCAUUGAUAAAAGGACUUGACAAUCUUUCAUAUAUUUUCAAGGGUAUUCAAAAUAAAUUUGAAGAGGCUGUUAAUAAUAUUUGA